GAGCCAGAAACCUUAUUUAAUAAAAUACUUUUCAUCAGUAUUAAACCUAGAUAUAGAUAUAAUUAAAUAUAGGCUUUCAAAUUCUGAAAUUACUGUUAUACACGCACCUAAACCACCGGUAUGUGCUUUGCCGGCCUAUGGGUGGCGCUCGACACAUAUUUAACACACAGGCUUCGUCUCAAAUCGCGACCUGUAUGCAUAGAAAGCAUUUUGGACAUCGUAAUCGCCUUUCGAGUCAACAGCAUUUUACGAUAUCUUAUCCAUAUGCUCAUAAUGCUGCCUAGCAAGGUAGAUAACACGUUUUGAGACGCGGCCAUAAUUCGAUACUUCAUUCCACACCAUUCAUUUCUCUCACCAGCAUCCUGUAGUACUGUACACGGCUGCCUUUCUGUUGCCUCUCUCCGGAUCCUCCAGGCUGAUUGUAAACUCGAGGAUGCCGAGCAGAAUGAUGUUUUCAGACGGGUGCUGAUGCUGCUGGACCUGCAGGUUAAAGACAACCACUGAUGUCAACUGAAGAUCAAUACUGUGUCUCUACCACCAUUGUGAAAGAUGCCAUUACUUACUUUAGCUUUAAGCUUAAAAGCUGAAAUGGCUCCAGACCUCAAAGGAGGAUCAACAAGACUAAACACAAGAGCUUAGGAACACAAAACCCUCUGGAAAGAUGAGCGUGAAUGAUGAAAAUGUCAGACCUUUUGGGACCAGCAAUGAAGAAUGCUGUAGGGAAGUCAGGAACAACAACAGACAUGCUGAGAAAUCCUUGGAUGGAGAUGCCAAUGCUAAUGAAAUCCAAAUAAGAGAUGAAGGGACUUUGGAGGUCAAUGGCACAAUUUCCUCUUUGGCGUUUCACACUGAGGAAGAGGUGAAGAUGAUUAUCCAGAGCACUGAUUCCCCAUGUGAAGACCCAGAGCUUGCUGAGUUUGAGAUGCUGGAAAGUCAGGAACUAGAGGAUGAGAACACUAUUCCUAAAAAACCUGCUAUAGAUAAAUGUAUUUCCUCCUUGCUAACUUCAGUAGAGCAAGAUUCCACUUGCUUUCAGUCUACAAGCAAAGAAAAGGUGACCAGGAUGGCUAAGACAGAGGUUAGCUCUGAGAAUGAUGUUUUUGAGUCUUGCUUCUCCACAAUGUCUAGUCUUGGAGAAAGUUUUGCUAGUGCCCUUGACCAUGUCAGUCGAUCUCACAGCUCUAAUUCAUGCCAUGCAUCUUUAGGUCCCUACCGAACUCUCUCUGAGGACCUUACUCUUACCUCACAGUCUUGUUGUCUAACCAUAUCAGAUAAAAGUCGAAUCUCUCAACACACAGAGGACAAGCAUCAUCAAAGAGAAAUAAACACAACACACAUUGGAAGUGUUGAUCUCAAUCUUAACUCUACCACUUUGCCAGAGGAACAUCUUUUAGAAGCACAAGUAAACCAACCAGCUACACACUUUGAAACAUAUGAGAGCUCAGGUCAGCUGGCAAAUAGCAUGAGUGAUUGUAGCAUUGUAAGGGCCAACAAGGUCCCCAAUGAAUCAGGAAGUGCAAGUCAGGACAAGGCAGAAGAACCUGGAAUUCUUGUUAUAGGCACAGACACAGAUCCACAGAAAACAAUAUAUACUACUAAAUCUGGUCAACCUGUCAUCCAAGAUAACAGACAGCCUGCAAGAAAGUUUUCCCAGCAUUCCAUUAGUGAUUUGAAGAAUAAACUCAAAUCUUACGAGGAGGAAUCUCCUGAGUUGAAUCUUAAUCAAUUAAAACCAAACUUAACAGGUACAUCUGUCCACUCUAGUUGUUCUGAACCACAACCGUACAAGAAGCAAGCAUCUUUUGAAAAAGCACGAAGUUCUAGUACAUCCAGUUUGGAAAGGAGAAAACCUUGGGGUAGCCCGUCUCGACAUGAUGCACCUCAAUCCCCUAAAACCUCCGGUUCACCUAGAAAACAACCACCUUCAUCACCAGCCAGAAUUAUCAGCACAAAAGAGGCAAGUCAGGAACGUAGUGAAACUCCACAGAAGGGCACCAGUGGUCUGAGGCAAGCAAGCAAAAGCUUUCUCAGCAGCAGUAGUAGUAUUCCAAAACCUUUCCUUUCUCAACAUCCUCAACAUGAGUCUGAACCUAAGAAGUCCUCUCCAGCCCAGAAACCCAAAAACGUCAGACCAAAAAUCAUCACCUCUGUCCGCAAGAGCUCUCAGGCAAAGCCAGCUUCCGAGGGCCCCUACGAAGUAUCGACACUACCCCCCAGACUUACACCAUAUGUCAGCUCUCCAGCCCCCAAAGACCUCAAGACUGUGUUGAGUUCAUCUAAUAUACUUUAUGAUAAGUAUCAGCAGGACAUACAGAGGUCAGGGUAUUACUCGCCUCCAGGAGUAUCUGGGAUCAGGCCACUUAAUCAUAACGUUCCACACAAAAUGGUGGGCAAAUCAGACAGUUUCCAUAGAGAGCUGCAAGAUGAAUACUUACACGAGGGUAAUAAAGGGGUGCCGCAGAGUUCCCAUGAUGUUGCUGGUGUUUUCCGCUUUCCCAGAGCAUUAAGGCCUCAGCUUGGCCUUGGUGCUGUCACGAGACAGCCUGCUGCUAAGAACAGGGUUUCACAAGGCCAAAGGUCAGCAUCACCCCUGAGUUAUGCGGCUACAGCUGGUCCGACUCCAAACACUCAACAGGAACCCACAGUGGAUCAGAAGAGAAUGGCAUCAAGUGUUCCCACCAAAUUUUUGCUCCCCAAACCGGGUCAGUCUGGACUGCGUCCACCGGGGUUCUCACAUCUGCCUCCUGCCCAACUGGCUGCCUUUGGCUUCGUCCGCAGUGCCAGUGUGUCUUCUGUGUCCAGCAACCAAUCAAACGAUAGCACACACAGUGACCCCUGCCGAACCAGCCGUCCAAACAGUGCCAGUGAGGAGACUCUCCUCUGUCGCGCUCCUCUUCCCUCUGCUGAGAGCAGCAGUAGCAGGAGUCCUCACCGCGCCAGCCCCCCACCCCUCACCCGUCGCUCUCUCCUCCCGCCUCCUCGCGGCUCGCCCGUGGCCUCUAGAAAAGAAUUUCAGAGAGAUGAAAUCACACGGCCCAUUGUGUCGUCCCCGAAGAGGUUUGCAGUGGUCUCUCCCAAACCUCAGUCCCCUGUGCGUCAGAAGUCAUGUGUGGCUCGUCUGGGUGGUCGUGUGGAGGGUGUGGAUGCUGAGAGGGAGCGACUGAUGGUACAGAAGCUGAGAGAGAGGUGUAUAGAUCAGGCCCAGAAACUGAUCACACUGCAGGAUGAGCUCAGGAGAUCCUCACGCUGUCUGGAUGUGUUCGUCAUUACUACACAACACUUCUGCCAGAAGAGCGAGAGUGCUGCCGUGAAGGAGAGGGAGUUAUCCCUGCAGUUAGCCAGGAUCAGGGAUGAAGUGGAGGUCAGCGUUCAGAGGUGGGAGCGUCUGCAGGGUGAGAAGGUCCAGCUGGAGCAGAGUUUUGAGCGGGAGCUGAAGGGACUUCGAGAGGAGCAACAGAAGGACCUCAAGGCUUUGCAGGAGAGACUGGUAGAGGAGCACCGCUCUGAGAUACAGCGACUUCAGCAGCAGCAGAAGAAGCGCCUGGAGCUUCUCCUCACCCAACACCAGGAACAGGUGGAUGAGAUGAGUGAAAGUCAUGAGACAGCCCUUACAGAGAUGGAAGUGACUCACAGUGCGGCACUGGCCACCCUACAGGAGGAACAUAACAGAACCGUCAAGAACCUCAGAAUGGCACAUGAACAACAGAAGAAAUCAAUGGAAGAGGAAUUUGAGAAGCUCAGACUCUCACUGCAGGAUCAGGUGGACACACUGACAUUUCAGAACCGCUCUCUGAGAGACCGGGCCAAACGUUUUGAAGAAGCUCUACGCAGAAGCACAGAUGAGCAGAUAGUGGAUGCACUCGCACCCUAUCAGCAUAUCGAGGAGGACCUCAAAAGUCUAAAGGAAGUCCUGGAGAUGAAAAACCAACAGAUUCACGAACAAGAACUCAAGAUUUCAGAGCUCGAAAAAAUGGCCCAAAAGAAUGUCCUGUUGGAGGAGCGUAUUCAGGUGCUACAGCAGCAGAAUGAAGAUCUAAAGGACAGGAUUGACCGCAACCUUGCUAUGUCCAGACAACUUUCAGAGGAAAACGCAAAUCUGCAGGUGUAUGUGGAGAAGGAGAGCAAUGAGAAGAAGCGACUGAGUCGCACCAAUGAAGAGCUUAUGUGGCGUCUGCAGACGGGCGAGUUGAGCCCUCGAAUGUCUCCCACCCAGUCGCCCCUCCAUCGACCGGCCUCUAGUCCACCGUCACCCUCUCGAAUACAGACCUUCCCUAGAUGAGUUCCACCUCUCUUUCUCUCUUUCACAAAUUUUGUGAAAAUGUAUUAUCCUCAACUCACAUUUCCCAUCAUGUGGAUUCUCAUUGGAACAGAAGAUGCUCACAUGAUCACAUUAUUUUCUUUAUCAUCUCACCCCUGACAUGCCUCAACUCAACAUGGGCUAAUCUUACACUAGAGCUGGGUGUGCACUCUACAGUUUUGCCAUCUGGGCAAAUAUUGGGAACAUACAUUUCUUGUUAAUUACUUUUCACUUAUAUACAACAGGAUCGCAAGUGUUUGUCUAUGAUCUCAUACAUUUCCAAAGAUUGAUCAGGAGAGCAUUAUUAACUAGGAAUAUUUUCCUUCAUCUGCCUUUUUCGAAGAAAAAACACCCACCAGCAACCCUCUGUGUGAGCAUUAUUUGAUAACUUACAUCCACCUCACAGAGUAUUACAAAAAGAUAUUUAAAGGCAAUUGUUAAUCAGAUGCUAUCUUUUUUCUUUCUUAAAAAUAGGGACCUAAAAUUUUGUAAUGUAGUUUUAAUUUACAUUUAAAAGGAAAUAUCAUCAAAACAUUUAUUUUUCUUAAGGUGGAAUCCUUUCAAGUUCAUUUACACUGUAAAAAACUUUGCUGCCUUAAAUUUGUUUGUUUAAUCAACUUAGAUUUACGAGUCAUUUCAACUUACUUAUUAGCUUG